UAUCCACAACAAUGUGGCUUCACCAGCAGAAAAGUUCACCUUUGCAGAUUUAGCACAUUAAAAAUAAACUAUUAUUCACAAGAAAUGGGCAACGGACUAUGAAGCGAGAACUUUAUUGGUGAGGGUAUAAGCGCAUAGCUGCUUAGAGAUCCUCUCCACCCUCUCCAGUUCAAGUUGAGCGCACAAGACGCCAUCUGUUCUCUCCCUCUCAAACCCUCUCAGACAGUCUGAAUAACUCUUGGUCGGAAUGACGUUUGUUUCUGGCAGCAAAAUGGACUUCCUGUCCCCGCGAUAUCACAAGCAGUCCCUAGUUCAAACUCUCUGUCGUUUUGGAUUGUUCGUGAUCUGUAUGGGAAUGGUGUUGACCAUGUCUAUGUAUCCCAUGCUGAGGUUCCUGGGUGGAAAGCUCCAUUCUUCCUUUACAGGGAGCUAUCUACCUGGACACCACUCUGUUCUCCUCGUCAACUGCCCCAACGAACAGACAGCCAAGGACAUCGGCCGAGCCAUUAUGGAGAGGAGGAUGGCAGCAUGCAUCAAUAUUCUGCCCAGGACCUCCACCAUGUAUUACUGGAAAGGGGAGAUUCAAGAUGCGACGGAAAUUCUGAUGUUGGUGAAGACGAGGACCUCGAAGACCCAAAGGCUCAUAGACUAUGUCAAGUCUGUGCAUCCCUAUGAGACUCCAGAGGUGCUUAGCUUCCCUGUGGAGGACGGGAGCCUGCCCUAUUUGAAGUGGGUGGAUGAGGCUGUUCCUGACGACUGACCAGUGAGGGAGAAUAUCCUCAAUGACUUGUGAUCUUAUUGGAAGUGAAUCUCCAAUCUAUUGGUUAACCGGAGAGUAAGGCAACAGCGAUUGGCUGGGAACCAGCAAGCUUUGGAUUGGCUUGAGGGGUUCCAAGUUCAAACUCUUGCUUUUGAACUUGAUCCACAGAUGCUAAAUGUUUAGCUCCUCCCACCAUGACAUUGAUAUUGACUCAUAGUUGUUUUGCCUCUGUUUUAUACAGGUCCUGUUGUUGCCAUUGAAAUUCCGAGCUUGACAUGACCUCAACGUUCAAUGUCAGUUUGUCAGAGCUGAAAGAGUUUGUAGCUCCAGAUCUGCAGAUAAUUAUCUCAAAAAAACAUUAAACAUUAAAUAAUAAUAUUCAGUGUUGAUUCAAGGUAUUAGUUACAUUAGACUGUUUAUUUAAAAUUUAUAUUGUAUUGUAUUCCUAAAACAUCAGAUUCAUUGUUAGAUUAAAUCACAUUCCUUUUACUUAUCUGGUUUCUCUCUAGAUGAGAGCACCCCUGUUUACCGUUUCACUGUGAACCAAAAAGUUGAUUGCACUGCAUUUUGAGAGGGAAUCUUGAACACUGUUUGUGUUCUAAGGAUAACUUUUUGUAAUAUAUGAUGGCACAAAUACGUUCCUUAUUCCUUAAGGUGAUACAUACAGUUUAAGUCAGAAGUUUACAUACACCUUAACCAAAUACAUUUAAACUCUGUUUUUCA